AUGAGCCACCUCUUGACGGUCGUCGCCAAGCCCGACAAGACGACGGACCUCCCUGGGCUCAUUUGGUACACGCUCAAGCACCGUCUAAGCCUCGCCAAGGAGCUGUACAGCUCUGCCUCGGGUGCCAAGGGCAAGCGCGUCGCGCGUCGCGGGUCCGCGCGGGAAGAGGCACCCCAAGGCCCCGCCGUGUUUGACGCACUCUUGACGCUUGUCGACUCGCUGACGCCGACGGCGCGUGCCGAGGUGUACCGACUUCUUCUCGACCGGCGCUGCCUC